AUGGCAGCGCGGGGGUGGGGGAAGCGCGAGCUGCUACUGGCGUACAACGCGGGUGGCGUGCGGUGCGCUGUCGGGGCGAGAGCUACUGUAGCCCCGGCGAGCUGCGGCGGGCAGAGCUCGGGCACGAGUGGCACGGGGCCAGAGCUGCGGGGAGGGGCACGCAGCGCGGGUGGCGUGCGGUGCGUGGCCGGGGUGAGAGCUGCUGCAGCCCCGGCGAGGCGCAUGCAACGGGGCACGGGCGCGGCGGUGCGGGAGCUGCGGGGCCGGAGCUGCGGAGAGGGGCACGCAGCGCGGGUGGCGUGCGGUGCGCGGCCGGGGCGAGAGCUGCUGCAGCCCCGGCGAGGCGCAUGCGACGAGGCGCGGGCGCGGCGGUGCGGGAGAUGCGGGGCCGGAGCUGCGGGGAGGGGCACGCAGCGCGGGUGGCGUGCGGUGCGCGGCCGGGGCGAGAGCUGCUGCAGCCCCGGCGAGGCGCAUUCGACGAGGCACGGGCGCGGCGGUGCAGGAGCUGCAGGGCGGGGCGCGGGGCGAGGCUGCACGGCUGUUGGUUGGGAGCUCGUCGGAUGCUAG